UCAUAUGAUAUGUGUGCCUGAAGACUGCAAUUGAGGACGAAGAAAUCUGAAUAGAUGCUGCCGAAGAAAGAAAGCUCUUCAAAUGCUGUUGUAGUGUUUGUUUCCUUCGAUUCGUAGAUUGUUUGAUUCAGUUUUCAGGCACUCUUUUGCGACGAUGAAGAAGCUACUUGAAUUUGGGAGGAAAGCCAUGUUCUACGUUAGGGUUCUCUCCGGCUAUGAGGAACGUCGAAUCCGAGCUUACAGAUUGCAGAUGCAGAAGCAUCUCCAACAGGCAGAAGAAAGGAAGGCAGCAAUGAGAAAGGUCCCUGAGCAGAUUAUUUUAUCAGAGGUUCGGCGUAUGGUUGAGGAGAUGCAAGCAUUAAAUAAAAAGUUGGAAGAAACAGAGACAGCUAUUGAAGAUUACUUUAAGCCGAUUGACAAAGAAGCCCAGAUCAUAAUGAAAAUGCAGCUUGAAGGAGAGGAGAAGACAAUGAAGGAGAUGAUGAAAGCCAUGCAAACACAGGCUUUGCUCGAGAAAGCUGAAGAGGAGAGGCUGGCAAAAGUGAAAAAUGCAGAGGCAAACCAACAAAACCAGGAGAAAGCAUCCGCUUCCACCACACAAGGCGAAGUGAGAUGAUUCCACCACGUACACAAUUAGCAGUUUUAGAUGUAAUUGUUCACCUGUCUCACUCUCACUUCAUCCCUUUUAUCAUUAUUGUGGUUUCUUAUAGGCCUUAUUUGUGGACGCAUGCCAAAAUUUUGUAUUCUGCUGUCCCCUACUUUUUUUCCAAUUUGAAUAAAUAGGCAACAUUUCAUGCAUGUCAUAAAUCAAUAUAACCAUCUCUUUUACCCA